AUGACAGCAAUUGAAGUUGAACCGACCAUUCUCAGAACUUAUGAGAUUAACAAGCGGCUCGGAAAAGGGGCUUACGGAAUCGUUUGGAGGGCUAAAAAUAAGAAGACCGGUUCAACGGUGGCGUUGAAGAAAAUAUUUGACGCGUUCAGGAACCAAAUAGAUGCUCAGAGAACGUUUCGGGAAAUAACAUUUCUUCAAGCGUUUUCCGGUCAUCCAAACAUUAUCAGGCUCUUGAAUGUAAUCAAGGCUGAGAACGAUCGAGAUAUUUAUCUAGUGUUUGAAUUUAUGGAGACAGACCUACACAACUGCAUCAAGAAGGGAAAUAUUCUCAAGGAAAUCCAUAAGACGUACAUUUUUUAUCAGCUGCUCCGAGCUGUGAAAUUCAUCCAUUCGGCAAAUGUAAUCCACCGCGACCUCAAACCUUCCAACGUCCUUCUGGAUUCAGACUGCCACGUCAAACUUUGCGACUUUGGACUUACUAGGUCAUUGUCUAGUCCGUCUACUGGAAGUGGCUUUUCUGUGGAGUCAGUUGCUGAUGCAGACUUGGACGGAGGGGAUCCAGAAUUAACAGAAUAUGUCGCCACACGCUGGUAUCGUGCACCGGAAAUACUGCUUGCUUCAAACAGAUAUACUAAAUUUGUUGAUAUGUGGAGCUUGGGUUGCAUAUUGGCAGAAAUGCUGAUUGGGAAACCAGUAUUUCCGGGGACUUCAACGAUAAACCAGAUCGAGCGGAUCAUCUCCGUCGUUCCAAGGCCUAAUAGACAAGAUAUUCUGGCCCUGCACUCCGAUUAUGGAAUGUCAGUCUUAGAAGAAGCUCUUCGAAAACCAAGCAGCACGUUGGACUCCCUAUUUCCGGAAACUGUCGAACGUAAUGCAGUCGAAAUGGCAAAACAUCUGCUCCAGUUAAAUCCAUCAAAACGACUAACAGUCGAGAAGGCUUUGGAUCAUCCAUAUGUACAGAGGUUUCGCGACCGCCAAAGUGAGCUCGUAAUGGAUCAUCCUGUGACACCCCCACUAAAUGACAACCAGCAGUUGAGCGUGUCAGACUAUCGAACAAAGCUAUAUGAGAUUAUUUUGGAAAAAAGGGCCCAGCGAAAAAUUCGUCGGCUCCUCCGUUCGGCUCAAGAAACAGAAAGUCGCCAGAAAACUGAAAGCUCGGUUCCUCAACAUAAUAGAGUCGGUAACCGUGAUGUCGACUACGCAACCAGCAAGACAAGGCCUGUUCAAUACCGAUUGCGGAGCUACAGUCGUGAAAUUGAUAAUCCUGUGAUUCUUCGGUCUUUAUCGGGGUUAACUAUGAAUCAUCGCCAUCUCGAAGGUCAUAGAGUAACUCAAUCAAGACAGCUUCAGGCCAACGCAAAGAAGGACGGAGUGCAUCAGUCACUUACACCGUUUACUGCCGUCAGUGCUGGGGUGGAUGCACACACUAAGGCUGUUUCUCAACUUGGCAGUUAUUCACAAACCUAUGGCACAGUUUCACGAAGUCAACUUUCGCAGCUUCAGUCGCGACAGUGGACACGAUGAAAUGCAAACGAAUCUGUUGGAUAUUUCUGCCUGUGUGCCGUCGCUUCUUUUUUCCAGCCCAUCUAUUUUUGCCUGAUCAUCAGUUGUAGUCCGUCAAUUCCAUUACUAGUAUACUGGUGUGGAUAAUGUUUGCAAUUCUUAGUCAACACUUUUGAGCAAAUACAAACCAAAUCCGCAGUUUA